AUGCCGGCCUCUUCCAUCUUUUCGUCCAAGAAGUCUGCAUUCGCAUAUCAUCGUUAUCAAGGCAAUUUCAUGCCAGAUGGACAGAUCCUGCGCGACGAAGUGCACAAAAGUUUCUCUCCGAAGCACAGCAACUCUAUGUCAGCUCCCGGCGCCGAAGACGGGGGCGGUCCAAAUGCCCCACUCACCGCCGAGCCGGCCGGCGGUCGGGUAUGGCAAGCCUGCCUCGCGUGCCGGCGAAAGAAGAUCAAGUGCGAUGGUAAACAACCUUGUCACAACUGCAACUCCCGAGACAAGACUUGCGAGUUUCCUGGAACCAAAGACAAUGCAUCAGCAAGCCGAUAUUAUACCACGUCUUUCGAGGCGCGCUGCCAGCACAUGGACUCUCUAUGUGAAAGACUAGAGACUCUUAUAAGCCACUUGUCGCGAUCCCUGGAGGCCAUGCAUCGGCCACCCGGGACCGGUCCCGUCGCAAGCCAAAGUGAGGACCUGAUGAUAGCUGCUCAAGCACUGCCCAAUCUUCAAGAGUCGGUAGCAGGGCUUCGAACCAUCCCUAAUGUGCAUGACACCGGGACAAUUUUGGACGGCAACAUGGAUCCAACCCGACCGGCGGCUCCGCUGCGCGUCCGCCAAUCCUAUGUCAACGACGAGUUGCAAGACUCGUCUGCCAGCGAAGAUUCCGACACGAACGAUGAUGAUCGUCAAGAUGGAAAUGCGGAGGAACGGGACGAUGAGCACGUCGGCCAGGCUGGUGCCUUGGUCAGGUUCAUUGGCGGAGCCACUCACAACUUACUGAUUGAGGCUGCAAAGAGUCUGCUGCCUGCUGACUCCACAACAACUCCUUCAUCCACGGGGGCGAGCCAAAGUGCACUGAGCACCGAGGAUCUCGAGCUUCCCCUUUUUGUCCGCGGGAAAGUGUGGCCUGAACUGCCCUUCAUACCAAAACCAGAAGAUCUUCCGCGGCCUCCGCAAUAUAUUUCAGAUCUCCUUAUUGGUCUCUACUUUGACAAACUUCACUACACCUUCCCUGUUCUCUUCAGACCUCACUUCAUGAGGCGGAUUACAUCAAUCUGUCUCGGUCGCCCGAUGGCUGUACAAGAUGAUGACUGUGACUGCGAGUUGCCUCUCGACAAGAAAGAUGAAGACUUUGAACCGCAAAACAUGAAAUCAAAACUACAUCACCCACCCAAGGCUACCACCCCAUCCGAUGGGCCAUGUAUUAUGAGCGGGUUUCUGGCACUUGCCCGCCUCUCCCGACUGGCUGGCAAGAUCCAACACCUUAACUCACCCUUAACCCUACGCAAACUUACAUCUGCGGACUCUGACAAGACGCAAAGAUUUCUUUCUCGUGUUGAUACCUACGACCAGGCCCUGCGAAACUGGCUGGCAAGCCUCCCACCGCACAUUCAGUUCUCGGCUAACAGCAUGGAGAAGAGUCCGGGAGGCGACCCUGCCUUGGUCAUGUGUGUCAUUACCUUCAUCCUGCAUGCUGGAUCUCUUCUGAACCUUUACCGUUGCUUCUUGAACUACCCUAAACAAGCGGCUCUGGAGGAGGAGGUAGACAUAUCAGGUGCCAUUGCCCAAUGCGUGAGUGCGGCACAAAUGUGUAUCCACGCAGCGGAAAUUGUACGAGACUUGGUGCCGACUUCACAUUAUCUGGCCCUCUCGAUUCACUACAUGACGCUUUCCGGUAUUGUGCUCCUACGAGUUCCUCCAAGUCACCGCAAUUCAGAGGUUCUAGAUGAUGUGGGAAAAUGCGUCGCAUUUCUGAAGGAUGUGGAAGUUCGAUGGUCUGGCGCCAAGCGAAGCCGGGCUAUCAUCGAGCAACUGUUGCAGCACCAACGAAGGAAAUUGGCACUCGAACGCAAUGCUGCCCAAAGCCAAUCCAGCGUUUCACCAGCUUUAGCAAAGGGAAACAUUAACAAAAGGACAUUGGAUGACUUUGAGGCCACAAACACUCCCCGAGCUGGAGAGAACUUUCUGUGGGGCGGAAUACCUGGCUCCGAGUUAUUUCCAUUUGAUCCUUUGGAUCCACUUCUAUUCACCCAGUUUUAG